CAGAGUCUUUGUCCUGAUGUGCCGGGUAAAGCAAACGACACGAUGACGGUACAGCCGAACAAUCAUGGCGCUGGCGGUGAUCAAGCGUUGCAGGGUCAACCGCAUCGUUAUCAUCUGCAUCAUGAUCCGGCGUACAACAUCACCACAGCCGAAGCCGAUCUUGAUUACACCAGUGACAACAGUGUAGCGGUACUGCAGCAGCACCAGCAGCAGCACCAUCCAUCAGCAGUUCAUCAUCAUCACGCUCACCAUCAUCUGCAGCAGCAGCAACACCACCAUCACUAUAUGCCAUCGAGCUCCAGCUCCUGUGAUAAUACCAAACAACCGACCCGGCUCGGUGGGGCCAACUCUAGUGCCGGUGGUUCCUGUGACGAGAAUUCGUCCAACGUGCUGGACGUGAAUCUCGACUCCAAAAAGAUUUCACUUAAUGCUCACAAUGGCUCAAGACUGAACUCACCGGUUCGCUUCGGUGACGAGCGGAAGUACGGGAACAAUCACAACCUUCAUCAUCACCAUCAUCAUCAUCAUCACCACGGACACCACGGUGGUGGUGGUGGUGGUGUUGGUGGCCAUCACAGUCAUCACAUCGAGGUGUACAGUGAUGGAGCGGCUGGCAUGGACAGCAGCAAACUGGAGGAGGAAAUAUCCGAAGAUGACCGGGGGCCACCGUUACCACCACGACCCGCACCGAGAACUCGCGCUGCACAACGACUGGAAGCGGCUUCAGCAACAUCCGGUGUCCGAAAGUACGUCAUCUGGUGCUUGAUAUGUGGUGGCAUCUCCAGUCUACUCGGGGUGCUUUUUCUCGGCAUCUACUUUCUGCUUCGAUCGUAUACGAGCACGGUCGGGUACUUCGAAACUGUGCCAACGUUCGUGCCUGCUACCUUGCUUAUGCUGACGGGUAUCUGUAUAAUGAGCCUUGCGAGGCGACGCAACCGUUACAGCUAUUUGAUCAAACUAUCUGGAGCCUGUGGACUGGCAUCAGCACUUACCUGUGCCCUGGUGACGGUAACUACGACCGUCCUCCAUAUGAGCCGUCUCCAAGUGCUACGAGAAUGUGAAUACACACAGAAAACACGUACCUGUACCUGCUACUCCGUAACAGCGGACAAGCAGACGGAAACUGGCGUAGACGAUAGCGUGCGGUUCGUGUUCGAUUCUACGUCGGACUGUGGUGUCGUGCACGGUGCACUGUACUCGUGUUUGCGCGCCGUGUUCGGUCUCUCCGUCGCCGGAGUGCUAGUGGCCGUAUUUAGCUGCAUGCUCGUGUACCAGCUGUUAAGCCACGAGCGGAAAAAGAUGUACUGGGAGCAGCUGGAACUGCGGUGCCGUUCGCUUUAUUCUGGCCAACAGGGUCCAUCCUCCGUCCUACCGCCCGGACCGGGGAUGCUAGGAGGUGGCGCGAGCGGAGGGCUAGCUGGUAGUGGACGUGCUGGCAACUGUCGCUGCUGUGAACAGUGCCAUGCACAUCGGAACGUACUACCGUCGGCCUACCCGUGGGAAGGAGAUAAUCGUUUCUGGACACCGGGACAGGCGGGUAAUUUCUACUCACCGAAUCCGGGCGGUGAUGAGUCGGGAACGGGUGGACGCUUGAACGCAAGUGGACGACGUAUGCCGGGAUGGAGCUGGCCUCGGAUGCCCUGGCAGCGUAAUGAUGCGUCCCAGCGGUUAUCACCGCACAGUCCCGAUUCGCAGUACGGUUUCUCGAAUCGGGCCGGAGUGGUACCGGGUAUGGUGCCGGGUGCUGCCGGCGGUACGUUGCUAGGUGACCCGGUAGGUCAGCCGCGGUACAAUGUAAUCGACCAGCAGUACGGAAUCUGGGGACCACCGCCACCGUACAGCGAUCCAAACAGUCCAGCCCGCCGUGGACGUUAUCAGUACAUUCAUCCGGGCCAGUGUGGCCCACCUCUGAUUGAUCCGAAUGGUAUGGCAGGCGCAGGUUCUUCUAUGCUGGCAUCAAAUGCUGCAGGACCUGCUGGACCCGGAAUUGCAAUUCUCGAGUGCCAUCAACAUUCGGUGAUGGGUGUGGACGUGCACGGCAUUCCGCAGCAGUACGUCGGUGGCCAAACGGGCAUGUCGAACGGUUCGGGACAGCAGGCCCUUCCAUCCAAUUAUGGUCGGGGAGGUGUCGGCAAUGGGGGAGCAUCUUCCGGUGGUUCCAAUGUUGUUGGCAAUGGUACCAGUGGUGGCGGUAAAAGCAGACAGCAAGCUGGAGGCUACAGUAAACCCUCGGUGAAAGAAAACUACGAAAAUACUCCCUCGGACAGUGAUGGUCCAGGGCGGGAUCGGUUUUCCAACACACUGCCCUUGCGGAAAGCGAAGAAACGGGUGGAAGCUGGUGCGAAGAGUAUCGGUCCUGCGUCCAACAACGGCCAACCAACGAGCGGUGGUCGGGUGAAUGUACAGAACGUGUUCGGAGCUACUCAGCAGGUGGGUUGUGCGCCCGGAUCGCUGGAAACGUCUGAGAACGAGUACAAUGAGCCGAAUCUACCGUCACCAAACGGUGGCCCCGAUGAGUGUUCCGGUCGGGGAGGAUCACCCCACGGUGGUGGUCUACACGGGAUGCCGACAACUGCCCUAGUGUCCGGACAUCCACCAAGAAACCGUCGUCAAAAGCUACCGAACACGCUGGGCAUUGAAAAUAGCGGAUUCCAGACAGUGGAAGCACUCGAAGCCGAAGCAGCAUCCGCAGUCACUGGCAAGCUGCUAGAACCAACGGAGUCGGAGGUAUACUUUGCGGAUGUGAGUAGCUGCUGCAAUAUGUCCGUAAAGAACGACAACUACUACGAGGAUGCGAACCAAAGACGUAAAAAGGAGAAGCAGCAGCAGCAGCAGCAGCAACAGCAGCAAGACCAAGCGGACGAGUACAUUGCGCAGCGGUUUGGCAAACGGGAGUCCUCCGUACGCAGCCGACAACCGUUCCCACAGAACGUACUCGGGCUGGGCGAUAAGCCACCAGUGAUGCCCCGUUCCUCACUGCUGCCAAAAGAUCACUCCCGCCAGAGCAUGUGUUCGAUGGAUUCGGGCGAACGGACGGACUACACCGAUCUGUCACCGGCCACUCCCAGUACAAACUUCCCGUCGAUCGGUGGUGUCCCCGGUAGCGGGAAGCAUCCUCAGCAAACCUCACCGAACGAUGGACCGAGCAUCAUUCAUCGUGCGGAACACGGUGAACACGGUCCGGUGGCCGGCGGUUGCAACUUUAUCGCCUCGUACCCGUAUUCCUCAAACGAGCAGAGCCAGGAGGCGCACCGGCGCUCGACCAAAAACCUGCAUGACAUCUUCCUAGCACCCGAUUCGCAGUACGAGGUAAUGAAGGAAUUGCAUAGAUUUAAGUCGACCCCACUAACGCUAACACCCUUCGAACCACCGGAACACGGUGGCCGAUCAUCAUCAUCGUCCUGUCAGGAUAUGCCCGGUUCGUUUCCACCACCCGCAGUGUCGUCGACGGCAUCAUCAUCAGCUGCGACUGUCGGUGGCGAUCGGGCCGAUCGUAACGUGUUGGCGGCGGCGGCAACGGGACAAUCAGCGACCAGCAACAGCAAACCAAAGUCACCGAAGAAUCUCAACAUAACGCCUAUCAAGCGGCAAAGCUUGGGCACCAACAUUAGCUCAAUCAUCCAGAACCUGAGCGGUAGUGAUGUUGGGCUGUUGUAUCCCGAGGGCCGAGGCAGUCACGGGGCGUCACAAUCUUACCACCAAAGUGUCAUCGGGAUCGGACCGGAAGCUGCAUCCAAUGGAGGAGUGGAGAGCGGUAAGGGGCGACCCGGUGGGGAUGUGAACGAUAGUGUGAGCAGCAACGAGGAUAACGAGGAUCAUCCGAUUGAUGGUGAGCGGAGACGGGGGUUAGCCGGUGAUCGCCGAUUGUGAGACGAAGUGUACGU